AUGGCUGCCAGCGAGCCACCAUCCCAAUCCAGAACCACAACUACCGCCACCACCACCACCACCACCACUGCCCAUGCCAAUGCCCACUGGCAGCGGGUGAAGAGGAGGAGCGGCGAGGAGGAGGAGGAGGAGUCGCCCAGCUGCAGGAUCACUGGGGGGCACUGGCAGGGCGGCGACCUGAGGAGCUAUGGCCAUGGAUACCAGCAGCGGAGAUGGAACGCAAUCGGAACCGGAAACGGGCACUCGAACUGGAACUGGAACUCCAACUGGAACCCCAACGGGAGCGGGAAUUGGAAUCGGAAUUUGAAUUGGAAUUGGAAUUGGUGCUGCAGCGGCAAAUGGAAACGGAAAUGGAGAAGGUGGUGGCUAUGGGAACGAAAGUGGCACGUCGACGACGACGACGAGGACGAGGAUGCAUUGGUUUCGAUUUGAGUCUAGUUUAGUUAAAUGUUUUGCGGCCUUAGCCUCUGGGAAUCCCGCGGAGCAGCGGUUGCCCCAAAUCCGAACCCAUUUCAGAUUCAUUUUCGUACCAAACUUACGAUUAUAAGUUAAAUAGUUGAGUAUUUGAUGGACCGUCAGGCUUGAUGAUCGGUGGCAACCGUGACCCCACACACUCACACACACACACACUAGGAAAACGAACACACACACACACACACACAUACAACUUAGCUAAAGUCGCGAGCAGGAAGACGGAAGAAACCGUGAGGGAAAAUGAAGCAAAUCGAAAGAGACGAAAGAUAUAGAGUGAUCGAACGGAAUAGUAGCAACGUAAGCCGAUUGCAACGGAUUCUUUGGUAGACAUAUCACACCCAUGAUUGUUGUGCGUUAACGGGGAAAACAAAAACAAAAUCAAAACAAAAAGAUAAAACGGAAAGAAAGCAAAGAGGAGGCGAACGAAAAGAAGGCGAUGUAGAGGGAUGUAGAGUUCAUUGUUUCAACGAAUAAACGAGUAUAAAUGUCAAUUUUCGGCCCACAAGGCGAGCGCCCUUUGGCCUAGCAUAAAUUAUACACCUAUAUACAUUAUCUAUAUACAUAUGCAUACAACACAUAUAGACCUAUAUAUAGCAUAUAUAUGUACCAAAAAUAGGAAGGAGCGACUUGGAGUUGGGAGGAGCCCGCCCGCCAUUGGUUAUUGGUUAUUGGUUAUCGGUUAUCGGUUAUAUAGCGCGUUUGUUAAUCGGCCAAUCAGUGCAUCAAUCAGAUGAUAAUCAACCAUUACAGAUAGCAGAUACAGUGUUACUUCGCCUAGAGAGGAGGAUGAGAAUUUAGAGAAUGUUACAAGCAAAAUUGUUAAUCGUGUGUCUCGGUGUGUGUUCAAUCGUUCAAAUCGUUGCAUAAAUGUUGCCUAGAAUACAUUACAUUACAUUUACUUAGAGAAGAAGCCGCAUGGUAUAGAAAGUUUGGGAGGAGAUAGCCAGUUGCUUAGCUCACGUAGGUCCCACCAUCUACCAUCUAUCCGAUCCAAGAUCCCAGAUUCCAGAUCCCCGAUCCUAAUCCCGAUUCAGAUCCAGAUCCCAACCAACUUCCAGUUCCCCAGUUGUCCUCGUUUUAAGUCGGUUUUUGUAUAUAUUUCCAGCAAGCAGAAGGCAAAGUGCAGCCAGCAGCGCAUAUGAUUAAAUAUAUAUUACUUUUUUUUUGUCGAUAAUCAUAUCUUAAAGCUUGAUAUACGAGAUGUAUUUAUUAGGCGAAACGUUGUGUGUGGUCGUCGACGACGAUCGACGGAGGGUCAGUUAAUUGUUAAAGAAGAAAAUGCUUAAUUUAUCGUAAUCGAUUACCCCCUUUCUUUUUAAUUUAAUACUUGCGUGUACUUCUCUUAAUUACUAUGAUUUUUUUUUAAUACACCUAAACCACUUUUUGUGUUUACUGUAUAUGUAUGUGUACAUUAGUAGUUAAAGGCGAACCAGCAUACGAGUACGAGUAUAAUAAAAUCUGCGCCAAGUUUGAGGAGCGGAGCGAGCAGCGUGUUUUAAUUAUUAGUAAUUUCAAUUGAUUUUUUGUGUGUUUAGAGAAUCUAUUUCUAUGAGAAGACAAACAAAGAUGCAAAUUCUAUUAUAUAUUAUUAUAUAGUAAUUAUUUUAUAGAUAACUAAUUUAAAAUAUAUUCAAUAAAAA